AUGGCCAGUUCGAGUUUGAUCCUAAAGAAGCAAUUGACCUUUGAAUGGGGUGAUCGGCUUCUUCGGUCUCCGAGCCGGUCGCACCUCAGAGUGGAAGGAAUGGCCGAGGAGCAAGCGAUCAAAUUCGUCAGCCGAGGGUUGGACGAGGCCUCGUCCAUGUCCCAUCGAAUCUCUCCCCACAUUCUGCCCGAACCUCCACACUUUGUGUCGUCGAUGCUUAUCUCUGCUCGCGCCACCCCCAAGAUUGCUGGAUACACGUCUCACGUUGCUCCUGGGGAACUGGUGUGGGACUGA